CUAUAUAUGAAUAUAUAAUAUUCACGACUCCUACUUGCUACAAAAUUUUCUUUUCACUAUGCUUCAACAAUAAGGCCGUUGUAAUUAAUAAUAGUAAAUAUGAGUCGAUCAAAAACAAUAUCAACUGACCAUAAUAACUUAGGUUUACACUCUGGCGCUGCUGCAGGCAAUCUCGGAUUAGUUAAAUUUGCACUAGAUCAUGGUCAACCUAUCGAUUCCGUAUUAAAUGGAGUCUUGCCAAUCCAUGUUGCGUGCAUCAAUGAUCAUGUAUCUGUUGUACAGUAUCUUAUUGAACGAGGCGCAGACGUUAAUGCUCCAAGACUUUCACACAAAUAUAAUGGUACAGAAAAAGGUAGAUCAACGGAUCAAACAGUAGGAACAACUGGAUCAACCGCAUUGCAUUUUGCUGCCGCAAAUGGAUGUACUCAAACAGUUGAAUUAUUAUUGAAAAAUGGUGCAAUUGUGGAUGUAACCGAUAAAUAUGGUUCAUCUCCAUUAUCGGUAGCAAUGGCAAAAAAUCAUGCUGAUGUUGUUGAAUUGUUGAAAACUUUUGGUGCUAUACAAGCUGCUGAAAAACAAAAAUUAUUACAAGAUGAUUCAACACUCACAAAAAUAACAACAAAUAAUUUGAAAUCUUCAAAACGACCAAAAGAAAAACCUUCGAAAAUUAUUAAGUCGAAGAAGAAACCUGCUCUUAUAACGACAAAAUUCACACCAAGGACACGUCGCCCCAGUUUACCUGUUCAAUUUGAAAAAAAUGAAUUAAAUAACAAUUCUAUGGAAAAUGUUUUAUUAAAAAGACAACCUUCAAAGUCAAUGGAAUUACCUUCGCAUUUGAAAUCAAGAGAGGAAAUUUUCAAGGAUGAUGAAUUUAUUAGCGACAACAAUGAAACAAUGACUAUUGAUUCAUUAGAUAAACCUUCUAUAGAUUCCACAAUCAAAUCCGUCUGCUAUUUCUCUUCUAAUGACACCUCCAGAUAUACCCGGUUCGCCCUCAACUGCUUCUACAGCACCCACGGAAUAUGGAGGAGAUCCUGAUUAUAUUCCAUUACCUCCCGUAAUUGUAGAGAAAAAGAAGAGAAGAUCAACAGAUCCUUUACAUGAAUUAAAAGCGAAAAAAUGGAAUAAUAAUGAGACAAAUGAUGAUGGUAAAAUGUCACGUUCAAUGUCUGAAGGUAGUGGAGUGAACUUUUUUUUCGCUUCACCCAACAAAAAGCAACAAAUUUCUUCGGAAAAUUAUCGACCUGUGGAAAAUCGUAGAAAAUCCUCCUUUUCUAUGAAAGGGUUCUUUGGAAAAUUAACGGACUUGAUUUUGGGAAAAUCUUAGUCCAAUUAUAUUCUACAUAUUCUGUAGAAAAUAACGAACAUUUUUCUUUUUAUAUAUAUAUAUAUAUAUAUUUUUACAUAGAUUUGUUUUAUCACCUUUUAUUGCAUUUUUUUUCUUUUUUUUUUUU